GUCCUCCCAACCCGCGUCCUCAGUCGCAGCUGCGGCGCGGGAGCAGGCGGCAGCUCUGUAAGUAGGGGCGACCCCGAGGGCCAGGCCUGUGACAGCCCGCAGCGCCUCCUUCCUGUCGCAUGAUCUCGGCAAAGCUGCCCUUCUGUAAUGGCCCGGCUGAUUAAUUAUUUUUCGUCCCCACUAGAGUAUAAACGCCGUCGAGGAACAUUUCAUGGCAUCUCUGUUGAUUUGUGAGUAAUCAGAAAUGCAAAUAGCCCCUCAGGAAUCAAGCUCAACUUAAAGAAGACUUAUUUAGAAACUUUGAGGAGUGUAUCAUGGAGCACAAGAUCGAGGGAAAGGAAGAAUACCAACAUAGCUUGAAUUUACUGAACAAAAUUAAGAACAUGAAAGAAUUAGCAGAAAUGAUUGAUGUGGUGCUCAUAGCAGAAGAGAAGAAGUUUCCUUGCCACAGACUAGUCCUUGCUGCAUUUAGUCCUUAUUUCAAAGCUAUGUUCACCUGUGGACUACUCGAAUGCUCUCAAAGGGAAGUCAUACUCUAUGACAUCACAGCAGAAAGCGUGUCGGUGAUACUAAAUUACAUGUAUAGUGCAGCUUUGGAGAUCAAUCAUGCCAACGUACAGACUGUAGCAAUGGCUGCCUAUUUUAUGCAGAUGGACGGAGUCUUUAGUACAUGCCAAAAAUAUAUGAUGGACCACAUGGAUGCCUCCAAUUGUGUAGGAAUCUACUAUUUUGCCAAACAGAUUGGAGCAGAAGAUUUAUCUGAUCAGUCAAAGAAGUACUUAUAUCAGCAUUUUGCCGAGGUGAGCUUACAUGAAGAAAUACUGGACAUUGAGGUGCACCAAUUUCUGACACUUAUUAAAUCUGAUGACCUGAAUAUAUCCAGAGAGGAGAGCAUUCUGGAUUUGGUUCUGAGAUGGGUAAAUCAUAAUCAAGAAUUGCGCACAGAGCAUCUCGUUGAGCUUUUGAAGCAAGUCAGAUUGGAACUUAUCAAUCCUUCCUUCUUAAGACAGGCCCUAAAAAGGAACACGAUGCUUCUUUGUGAUGCAGGCUGCAUUGACAUCAUUCAGAAUGCAUUCAAAGCUAUCAAGACACCCCAGCAGCACUCCCUAAACCUUCGCUAUGGCAUGGAGACCACCAGUCUUCUGCUUUGCAUUGGCAACAACUCUUCUGGAAUCAGAUCGCGGCACAGGAACUACGGAGAUGCCAGUUUUUGUUACGAUCCGGUCGCACAGAAGACCUAUUUUAUUUCAUCCCCCAAGUACGGGGAGGGUUUAGGAACAGUGUGCACUGGGGUUGUCACAGAAAAUAAUACUAUAAUUGUAGCUGGAGAAGCAACUGCCUCUAGACUCUCUAGACAAAAAAACAAGAAUAUUGAGAUCUAUAGGUAUCAUGAUAGAGGAAACCAGUUUUGGGAAAAGUUAUGCACAGCUGAAUUUCGAGAGCUGUAUGCUCUGGGCAGUAUCCAUAAUGACCUCUAUGUUAUAGGAGGACAGAUGAAAAUUAAAAACCAGUACCUUAUUACAAACUGUGUUGAUAAGUACUCCAUAGAUCGAGACAGCUGGAAACGGGUCUCUUCCCUUCCACUGCAGCUGGCCUGUCAUGCUGUAGUGACAGUGAGCAAUAAACUGUAUGUCAUCGGAGGCUGGACCCCUCAGAUGGAUCUUCCCGAUGAAGAACCUGAUCGAUUAAGCAACAAACUGUUGCAGUAUGAUCCCAGCCAAGAUCAAUGGAGAGAGCGGGCACCCAUGCAGUAUUCUAAGUACCGAUUCAGUACUGCAGUCGUCAACAGUGAGAUCUAUGUUCUGGGUGGAAUUGGCUGUGUGGGCCGAGACAAAGGACAAGUUCGAAAAUGCCUUGAUGUGGUGGAGAUCUACAACCCUGAUGGGGACUUUUGGCGAGAGGGCCCACCCAUGCCAAGUCCCCUCCUCUCACUCCGAACUAAUUCCACCAAUGCAGGUGCUGUGGAUGGAAAGCUCUAUGUCUGCGGAGGAUUUCACGGAGCAGAUCGCCAUGAGGUUAUCUCCAAAGAGAUUCUGGAGCUGGACCCUUGGGAAAACCAGUGGAAUGUUGUUGCCAUCAAUGUCCUCAUGCAUGACAGCUAUGAUGUCUGCAUGGUGGCCAGAAUGAAUCCCCGAGACCUCAUCCCACCACCUUCAGAUCUGGUUGAGGAAGGUGGUGAGCACUGAGGCCAAAGAUGAGGAACCACAGCUAGAAGACCCACAGCCUGGCAGCCAGGCCUCAAAAUAUAAGGUCCGGCAUCCGAUGUGGUGCUGGCUUUUC